UUUCCUGACUUUCUGGGAAGUCCUGGUUUCCAAAAGAAGUGAAUUCUGGCAAAAAUCUGAAGGCCAUCUUGAAGGAAAACAGAAAUCCAAUAUUCUCAAUGAAUUAAGGACACAAAGGUUUCCAAUCAGUCCCUGCUAUGUGGAUAUUUGUUAGCAAUGACUGAUGUGGAAACUACAUAUGCAGAUUUCAUUGCUUCAGGAAGAACAGGUAGAAGAAAUGCAAUUCAUGACAUCCUGGUUUCUUCUGCAAGUGGCAACAGCAAUGAAUUAGCCUUGAAAUUAGCAGGUCUUGAUAUCAACAAGACAGAAGGUGAAGAAGAUGCACAACGAAAUUCAGCAGAGCAAAGUGGGGAAACCCAAGGUGAAGCAGCAAAAUCUGAAAGCUAACGCCCCACUUUGACCUUCAGCAACACCUGACAAUAUCUCACAUGUCCAGGCGUGGAUGGAAUGCAAUUGUUUCCAUGAGUGAACAGGGGAAAAAGAAAAUGUCUGUACUGCCUCCCAGGAGCCUGCUCAUUAUCAUGAUAAAAAUGGGAGCAGAGGCUAUGGUUGCAGACAGACUUUUCUCUACCUCUGUCUUUAGCAAUGGUUGAAAUCAUGUGGUUUGGGUUUGGACGUCGUUUUCAGAUGGAUCCUUUCACCUGACCAUAUGAUGAAAUGCUUGUAGAGAGUAGCACUGACCUAGAUGAUGAUUCUUCCUGUAGCAUCUGGCCCCUUACAAUGUCAGAGGAUUUAAUUGUGUCUAAUUGCAAAGGAUUGGUUGAACCCCAGAGUUUGAAUAACUCUGGCUCAAGUAUUCACCCAGUAAAUGAACCAUCCAGAAAGCACCGUUUUUAGCAUUGUAUCUCCAUGUGUUUACUGAUGUGUUACUGACACUGUUUUGUAUUGUACAAUCUAGACGCUCAGCACUGCCCCCUUCUUUGAAUGCUUAUGAAAAACAAAUACGAUGUAUAUUACUGUGAAUUUUUAUACCACUCAUUUUUAAAAGGGCUGCAUUUUUAUUUUAAUUUUUUCAUAGUGUGAUGGUGUGCACAGGAUAGAAUACACCUUUUUAAACAUAAUCUUUCCCCUUGAUGCUGAUGUGGAUGAAUUGAUGCAGUCUACCAGAUUGAUCAAGACUCUUUUGUUUUAUUAUGCAGGAAUUUGAAAAUACCCUCUAAUGUGAAUAUUACCUAAAAUCAAUCAGUUGGAUGUCUGUACAGAGCAGACUUCAAUUUGUGAAUUUCCUUUUAUUCUCAACAGGAGAAACUUCUCCCAACUUUUAAACUUUUUAACUAGGAGACCUUUAAAGAGUUAGAAAUGUAGAAAAGCCAAGAAAAUGCAGAUAACUCUUCUGUGGAAUCAAAUUUUUCAAAUGUUCUAUGUUCCUCAUUUGCAGUAAGCUAAAACAGAGAACAUGAUCUCCUUGUAAUUUGGAUGCCAAUCACAAAAUAAAGUCCUCAUGUUUUGAUUUCAUGACUUUUUUCAGCCCUAACAAAUUCAAAUGUAUUAUGCACUUUUUAAUGUUUGUAAACUUUUACUAAUAAUUAAUGUGAAUUGCAUUCUGAUAUAAUUAUCAUCCUUAGAAAUUUACAACCCCUCAAUGAUACUGUUGAUGGCCUCUGUUGUGUUUAUAUGGAAAGUUUCUGUAAGUUAUGGAAUUCCCCUGGUCAGUAUUAAGAAAUCACUUAUUAGUUAUCAUAAAUAAGGAACCAGUAGUUUACCAAUGGUUUAUGCAUUACUGGACAGCCAACAGCAGAAAGUCCCUUUACAGUAAAGGACCCACUCAGCUGUCCUUUAGGGCUUAGAUAUAGUUCCAGGUGAAGCAGGUAAAACUGCAUUUUAGCAGGUAACCUAUGUGGUCCUACCAGGAACUCAGCCCUUCUUUACAGUUACAGAUAGGUCAAAAGGCAAUUCUACUUAUAGUUCCCUUUACAGUACUUUUCUACUGACUGGGAUAGGCACACACAUCUCAUUUGACCUUUAAUCAGCUAUUCCGAGAAGAAAAAUUAGCAAUAUCUGAAAACAGGACAGAUAAAAAUUCAGACAACUUCUAUCCAACCCAAAGAAGACGACAGGUCCAACUAAAAUUUAAAUUUAUCUACUUAUUACUACAAUCAUAGAUGUGAAAAGAUGUUCCUGGGACCUAGAAAAUCUAAAACAUCCUGUCCAUAUAAUCACUCUUUAAUAUCCUCCUCAACUAUCAUUGUAGCUUUCUUGUGACUCUCUUCUUCCUUAAAGUUGUGUAAUUUUAAACUGAUUUCCUGUGAUUUUGUAAAGUUUAGAAUCAGUGCUGAGUUUAUGUGGAGGGUUUAUAUUCCUAUGUGAUAUAUUAUAUCGAUGCAUGUGGUGCCAUGCUUGUCUUGAAUUUAUAAAUUGUGCUAAAUUGU